AUGCCAUUCGAGAUCCAACCCUGUUCAGCAGCCGACGCCCUCGGUCUGGCGACUACCAUGAUGGGCGCCCGCCUAACAGACCCCCACUGGGCGUUCCUCUGGGAGGACCCAAAUCCCCAAGAAAUUAUCACCAAAGGCGCCCUCCGCGUUCCAUGGAAUCUAGCUACGGGUAGAGACACCAAAAGACAUCAAAAGGUUAUUGAUGUCGAGACGGGUCAGGUAGUCGGCUACGCACGGUGGAUUCUACCAGAGUGUCUAGCAAAGCAGAAUGACGUUUGGCUUGAAGCGCAGGCCCCCGAGGGAACUCAGUCUGAGAGAGAAGAGUGGGAGAGACUGUACAAUGCGAAUACGAAAGGGGGUCGUCCAAUCGGUAUGAAAAGUGGCGGGUUGAUGAGUUAUCGCAGUGCGCCGCUUGAAGUUGUUGAUGCGAGAAUUAUGCGAGAUGGGCCCUUCCUAACCUUGGACUAUUUAACGACUAAUCCUGCCUUCUGGAGACGGGGUAUUGCCAGUAUGUUGGUACAAAGCGGAUUGAAAGUGGCAGACCAGUAUGGGAUCAAAAUCUACGUCAUGUCGGAGCCGGCUGCGUUGAAGUUAUAUCUGAAUUAUGGCUUCAAAUUGCUCGAGACUGUGUCCACUGAUUAUUCUAAGUACGGUGGAACAGAACCUACGGUGGAGCACUUUCUAGUCCGCGGUCCUCAGUCAGCAGUUUGA